AUGAAGAGAAGGGUGGGCAGUGUAAACACUCUGCACCAACAGAGCGCAUCAACACAAAUAAAGUUUGACAGAACAGAUCUAUUGCGUGUUCAGAUCCCUCAUGAGGACCCGUUGGUCGUUAGUUUGACAGUGGCCAAAUGUUUGGUACGUAGAAUUCUGAUUGAUCCUGGAAGUAGUGCAAACGUCAUGCCGAGGGAUACAUUUGAUCGGCUCGAAAUCAAGCCGGACCGGCUCAAAUCUACCGGGAAUCCUUUACUAGGGUUUGAUGGAAAACGAGUGGAACCCAUCGGUACGGUGGAGGUAGUGGUACGCGCUGCAGAGAGGGUUUUGAUGGAGACCUUUGUGGUUGUCAAAAUCCAUCCCUCGUAUAACCUUUUAAUGGGCAGAGGGUGGUUCCAUAGAGUUCAAGGUGUUCCUUCCACUUUGCAUCAAGUAAUGAGAUGCCUGGGGCCAGACAGAGCCAAGGUAAUCGACAUCCAUAGGGACCAAGUUGCAGCUAAGGAAUGUUAUUCAGUAACGCUGAAGCAUACUGGAAAAGGGAAAUCACCCAUCUGUUCGGCAAGCCCAGGAUAG